UCUCUAUAUUUACCCGGGGGAACUUUCCAAGAAUGGAAGUGGUAAGAUAAAACCCUGCAGGGGCUAAAAUUAGUCUGAGCUCCUUGGCCCUUCUCCCCACAGUGGCAUUUCAGCUGUGAGCUUGACAGCCUGCGUCGUUCUGGUCACAGAGCCGAUAUCCAUCCCCGACACAGCAAGAUCCUCUCUCUUGCUCUCCUGUUUUUUGUGUUUAAACUGAAGGAGAAGUUGCCGUGGGACACCACUGCCUCGCCCGCCCCAGCUGUGAGCAUCCCUUUCCACCCAAAGAUGCAUGGACAGCUUCCUUCAGCUCAAGAGGUGACCAGUCUGAUUUGGGCUCUUCUGGUUGAGGAACCCCUGUGAGCUCCCCACGUCUUCGGCUUUACCAUUUAUGAUGCAAGUGGUACAUGGGGGACAGAGUGAAAAAAAUGAGCCUGAUGGACAUCACUAAAAUGUUCUACAUGCUCCAGCCCAGAGAAGAUGAAGAAGACAAUGGAGAAAGUGAGGAGCUGAACCAAGCUGUACGCGAGGACGAUUACCAAACCUUAGAUAAACUCUUGUCCCAAGACAGGUACAAGAGGAUCAUCAACCGCAGGAGUGGCUGGGGUGUACCCAGCACCCCGCUGCGCCUGGCUGCCACCAAGGGCCACCUCAGGAGCAUGGAGGUCCUCUUGGCCCACGGCGCAGAGGUGGACAGCCUGGAUGUGAAGGCUCAAACCCCACUCUUCAUGGCAGUCAGCAACGGCCACCGGGAAUGCGUGAAGGUCCUCCUGGCUGCAGGGGCCAGUCCAGUUGGCAGCAUCUACAACAACUGCUCGCCGCUGCUCAUCGCUGCGAGGGAUGGGGAUGUGGACAUCCUGCAGCAGCUCCUGGACCACGGUGCAGAAACUAACGUUCAAGCAAGGCUGCCUGAGUGGGCUGCCAACUCAGCGGCUUGUUCUGGUCCCCUCUACCUGGCUGCCGUGUAUGGGCAUCUCGAGUGCUUUAAGAUGCUGUUGCUUUACGGUGCCGAUCCCAACUAUAACUGCACUGAGGAGAGGGUGAUUUCUCAAAUCAAGGAGCCCAAGACUCUGCUGGAGAGCUGCCUGAGGCAUGGCUGCAGGAGAGAGUUUGUGAAGCUGCUUAUUGACUUUGGAGCCAACGUGUACUUGCCCAACGUCCCAGUACAUGAGACAGCACCCCGCAGCAAGGGCUUGGAGCUGCUGCUGCAGGCGAGAGCUCAUCCCAAGUCCUUGAUGUCUCAGUCCAGGCUGGUGCUGCGACACCUCCUGAAACAGGCUGGCUGCCUGCAUGCUGUCAGCACGCUGGAGAUCCCACUGGUCCUGGUGAACUACCUCCGACACCAGCUGUGAUGCACAGCCCACCACUAGAGACGCCUGCCCCUGUACAUGUGUCAAGCACCUGAAUUAAAAGCCGCUCUGACAUCUGUGCAGUGUGAAACUGCCAUGGAUUUGUGGUCACAAAGUAAUUUUUGCUUACAAAGCGUCUCCAAAAAGCAGUAAAGAUGGUAAGAGAAAUGGGGAAGAAAAGAGAGGAGACCUCAGCUCCUGCUCUGUGUCAGGGUGAUGGGAGAGCAGGGGCUAAUUUAGUUGUGUUUGGCUUUUAAAACUCUUCGCUGAAGGAUUUUACACCUUUCAUUGAUACUGUUUGGGGAAGGGGCUGGGAAAAGUUGUGGAAGGCAAAGAACUGAGGAGCAAAAGCUGCUUUUACCUCCUCCUGUCCUGGGGAAGAGUGGGAAAAAGGGAGGCAGGACAAGGCUUCAUGCCUACAGGUUUCCCUCACAGCGUAGCCUCUGCUGCCUCAAAACCCCCUUUCCCAGAGAGGUUUUGAAGUGCCUCCUUCAUUUGGCAGCCCAGAGAAGGCAGAAGGGAGGCUGGACCUGGCCUUCGCUGCUGCAGCACCAUGCUCCUGACUCCCAGGACACACCAGUGCACAGCCCAGUGCUCCCAGAUGGUAGCAUUGACAGGCUGGGAUGAGGAUUCAGAGGCCCCAGACCUCCCGCCUCUCAACUCCUCACCUCAUCAUUUUACAAGCAUCAUUUCAUUCGCCUCAAAAGUGAAUCAUAGAAUGUCCUGAGUUGGAAGGGACCCAUAAGGAUCGAGUCCAACUCCUGUCCCUGCACAGGACAACCUCAACAUUCAUACUGUGGGGCUGAGGGUCUUGGCCAAAUGCUGCUGGAAUAUUGUCAGGCUCAGUGCCAUGGCUGCUUCCCUGGGAGCUGUUCCGGUGCUCCACCACCCUCUGGGGGAAGAAACUUGUCCAGAUUCACCCUCCCCUGGCAUCUUCUGCCAUUCCCUCAGGUCCUGUCAUUGGGCACCAGGGAGAAGACCUCAGCACCUGCUCCUCCUCCUCCCCUUGUGAGGAAGCUGCAGAGCACAAAGAGGUCUCCCUUCCAUCUCCUCUCCUCUGGGCUGAAUAGAGCAAGUGACUUCAGCUGCAUGUUAUGGCCAAGGGGUCUUUUGUGACUGGGCAGGUUGAGGGUUUU